AUGUGGCUUUCGAAGUGGCAGCAGGCCUGUUCCAGCUGCCUCGGGAGUCACGGGAAUCAGGGCCAGACCAGAGCUCUCCUCAGCCCUGAACAAUGUGGCUCUGAGAGCCAGGGAGAGAAGAAGAGCACCACCAUGGGGGAGCAGAGCACUGGGGGAACCCCCACAGGGCUGAGGCUGGGACCCAGAGGAACCCCCACAGGGCUGAGGCUGGGACCCAGAGGAACCCCCACAGGGCUGAGGCUGGGCCUGUGGAUCCUGUGUUUCAGCUGGUUCUGCUUCACUGCUCAAGCUCAGAUGAAGAUACCGCCUGAGACAGUCCAGUUUUGGGCUAAUAUCCUUUCAGUGCAACUACGCGAGACUACCACAAGAUACUCUGGAGCUAACAUUCUACAAAAGAAACUCAAAGAUGUGGAGUCCAUUAUUAAGAUAGUGGACAUCGAUGGGAGAGAUCAAGUGAGGGACUUUGCAGAGGACAUGGAGAGAAUGCUGGGGUCCAAGAUGAAGUCAGUUAAGAGGUUGGCUGAGUCUGCGGAGGAUGCAGAUUUGUACCACGACUUCAACAAAACGCUAGAGUUUGACUACUAUAACUCCAUGCUGGUGAACACAGCAGAUGAAGAUGGUAACUUCGUAGAGCUGGGUGGUGAGUUUCCUCUGGAGAAGAAUGAGCAUUUCAACAACCUGCCAGUCAACACAAUGCAGAGUGACGUACAGGUUCCAACCAAUGUCUACAACAAAGAUGCCUACAUCCUCAAUGGAAUCUACUGGUCGGAGGCUCUGAAUGACGUGUUCAUGAACAACUUCCAGAAAGACCCCACCCUCACCUGGCAGUACUUUGGCAGCUCCUCAGGAUUCUUCAGAAUCUACCCUGGUAUCAAAUGGACUCCAGAUUCGAAUGGUGUGGCUGCGUUUGACUGCAGGAACCGUAACUGGUAUAUCCAGGCUGCCACCUCACCAAAGGACAUUAUUAUCGUGGUGGACAUCAGUGGCAGUAUGAAGGGUCUGAAGAUGACCAUCGCCAAGCACACCAUCAACACCAUCCUGGACACACUGGGGGAGAACGACUUUGUCAACGUCAUCGCUUACACUGACUACGUGCGCUACGUAGAGCCAUGCUUCAAAGGCACCCUGGUGCAGGCUGACUUGGACAACCGCGAGCAUUUUAAGGUGCUAGUGGAUGAGCUUCACGUGAAGGGAGAGGGAAAAGUUGCAAAGGCCAUGAAAGAAUCCUUCAAAAUCCUGAACGAGGCUGCGACCAAGGGCCAGGGCAGCCUGUGUAACCAGGCCAUCAUGCUGAUCACAGAUGGAGCCAUGGAGGACUUCAAAGACGUGUUUGAAGAGUUUAACUGGCCUGAUCGCAGGGUGCGCCUCUUCACUUACCUUAUUGGCAGAGAGAUGACCUUUGCGGACAACACCAAGUGGAUCGCCUGCAACAACAAGGGUUACUACACACACAUCUCCACUCUGGCUGACGUGCAGGAGAAUGUCAUGGAGUACCUUCACGUCCUGAGCCGACCAAUGGUCAUCAAUCACAAUCAUGACAUCAUCUGGACCGAGGCUUACAUGGACACUGUGCUACCCAAUACGAAGGAGCUCUUCGCCACAAAGGCUCAAAGUUUACUUCUCAUGACCACGGUGGCAAUGCCCGUCUUCAGCAAGAAGAAAGAGACGCUGAGCCAUGGGAUCCUGCUGGGGGUGGUGGGUUCUGACAUCCCUCUGUUGGAGGUAAUGAAGCUGGCUCCCAGAUAUAGGCUGGGUCCCCAUGGUUACGCUUUCCUCAUCACCAACAACGGGUACAUCCUGGCACACCCUGACCUACGACCUCUGUACAAAGAAGGCAAGACGCUGAAGCCCAAGCCUAACUACAACAGUGUGGACCUGGCUGAGGUGGAGUGGGAGGACAUAGAUGAGACACUAAGGACAGCCAUGGUGAAAGGGGAGAUGGGCACUCUGUCUUUAAACGUGAGAGCAUCAGUGGACAAAGCGAAAAGGCCUUUGUUCUUAACAAAUGACUACUUCUACACAACCAUCAAUGACACCCCAUUCAGUUUUGGUAUGGUUCUGACAAGGGGUCACGGACAGCUGAUGUUCAUGGGGACAGUCUCUGUGGAAGAGGGCCUGCAUGACCUGACGUCCCCUGAUCUAUCCAUAUCCAAUGAGUGGACGUAUUGUGAGACAGACAUUGAUCCUCACCACCGCAAAUACUCUCAGCUUCAGGCUGUCAUUCGCUACCUGCAGGGGAAGGAGCCUGACCUGGAGUGUGACAGGUUGCUGCUCAGCAAGACACCUGCUCUUGAUGCCGUUAUAGUGGAGAAAGGCGUUCUCACCUUCAGAAGCCUAAACACCUCCCGUUCAUGGGAGAUGGGUGUGGAGGCAGCCUUCUCUGGUGAAUCUGUUCCAGCUUUCGGCCUGGCCUUCACAACGGGGCGCAGUUCCCUUCCCACUCCCCCAGAUACACUGGCAUAG